AUGACUUCUAAAUAUUCACUUAAGCUUCUGCUAUUCACAAGCUCUUUCUUUUCGAUUCAUGUCAUCACUGUUGUGUGCACUGCAGAUAAACGUCGGUCGACUCAAACGAAGUUGGGACCAGAUCCAAUCGUUCUGAAAGCCGUUGUUCAAAAGUGGGAUCUUGCAGCGUCUGCAUUCAUGUUGGUACAAGUCACUCGACUAGAUACUUUCGGUGACCGGUUGGGUCCAUCGAAAUUGAUUAGUAUAACCCCGUUCUACAAAAGCAACAUUUUGGAAGGGGCAUCGGAAGAUGUUUCUGAUGAUCUUGCUGUUGUUGGUGGUGUUGUUGGUUAUCCAUGUGUUAGGCAAACUUGA